UGUAGACGAGCCAUGAAGCAAGAAGAUGCUUGAUAAUAUGAGAGUUUACGACUCACGGGGUUUACGAAUGUUUCAAUAAUCUUGUCAAGAGAAGGACGCUGUGAGUUUUUAAUAGUUUUUAUUCAAAUUUGAGCUUUCAUUGUUAAAGGCCUUUCAACCUUGAGCUGGCAGACAUGGAAGAGACCAGAUAUGUCGAGUACGAUGAUAUCUUCCACCACGUGAAUCCAUUUGAUAGCUACCAAAAGAAAGUGGUUUUUGGAACCUGUAUGAUCCUUGUGGCACAGAAUAUACAGUUCUCUCAUUUGAUUUUUGUUACUGGAACACCGAACUUUGAGUGCGCAACUGAGAACGUGACAUGCGGAGGAGUGAACAGAUGCUGUGAUAACUGCACAACAUACAAGUUUGAUACAAUGUUCACUACUAUGGUGUCCGAGUGGAACCUGAUUUGUGAUCGUGCACAUAUAACGGCCAUCAUCCAGUCCAUGUUCUUCGUUGGGAUGCUGGUUGGUUCGUUUGUGUCUGGAAUCUUGUCUGACGCCUAUGGAAGAAGAACAGUUAUAUUCAGUACCUUUGGACUCAUGGCUGUUUGUGGAGUAUUUCAGUCCUUCGUCGACUGUGAAUCUUUAUUUGGAUUCUUACGUUUUGGAAGUGGAGCCUUUAUGAUCAGCACGACCUUGUCUCAAUACAUUCUUAUGUUGGAGUUUAUUGGUCCAGGGUACCGAGCAGUGGCUGGCAACGUAAACAACAUUUUCUGGAGUUUAGGAACCUUGACUGCUGUUCUAAUAGCUUACUUUGUUCGAGAAUGGAGGACCUAUGUAUGGAUAACAAGUAUGCCUCCAUUUAUCAUGUACCUAUUUUGGAAAGUGUUUCCCGAGUCUCCGCGAUGGUUGUUGGUUCAGGGAAAGCUAGAAAAGGCUCAUCAAUUGAUAAUGAAGUUUGGAAGCAAAGGCGAUAAGAAUGUAGAUUCUGCGGUAAUGAUGUCGAUGGUGGAAGACAUCAGAAAGGACCAGGUUCGAAGAGAAAAGGAUGAUCAUAAGAGGCACACUCCUCUGGACCUUCUGAAAACUCCAAAAUUGAGAAAAUGGUCACUGAUAAUUUGGUUUGGAUGGUUCACUGUUUCCAUGACAUAUUUCGCAAUCGUGAUAUACGUGACCCACCUUCCUGGGAAUAUCUACACGAUAAUGACAAUAAGGUCGAGUAUGGUUGUUGUUGGAGCUCCUGUCACGUGGUAUCUUAUGAACAGCAUCGGGCGUCGAAUGGUGCAUGCUUGUUACAUGACGUUAACUGGAGCUUUGCUGCUUCUCAUUCUCGUCAUUCCUCAGGAGUAUGAGGUGGCGAUCACGUGGCUAGCAAUCCUGGGUUAUGUAUUGACUAGCCUGGAAUGGAGUAGUGUGUUCCUUAUAACUACCGAGCUCUUCCCUACAGUUCUAAGGAAUACGGCUCAGGGAACUGGUUCUACUGCUGCUCGUGUUGGUGGCAUAGCUGCUCCAUUUCUUUUGAUGCUUGCCCAGUUACCAGGCUCCGGCAUCUAUCUCCCGAUGGCUAUAUUUGGAGCAUGCGCAAUCGUUUGUGGGAUAUCAUCACUAUGGUUACCGGAGACGGCAUUGAUAACCUUACACCAGACGACGGAGGAAGCUGAGGAAAGWCAGGAAAGCUAUCKUAUGCCCUGUCUGACUAGAAGRAGACUUCGYGAACUCGAUAASGUUGAGACAGAGAACCGUCCAAUGAUAACGAUGCAUAAGGUGUAAAGAAAAUUCUAGUCCGGAAGUAGGAAAUGGCUGUUAAUGUAGAAAGAAUAGACUCUUUUAGCUUGGACGUAAUUUUUUUCCCAUUUCAAACCUCGUGUCAUUUGCUAGAGCACCAUUUCUUAGUUUUAAGGUUGCGCACGAGAAGACACUCAAACAAGAAAUCUUAUUUACUAUGAAAACCACUCUACUUUCCGAAGAAAUGAAGAAAAAUACCAGUGGCAUCUGAUGAAAGUAGCUGAAUACACGAUGGUGUAGUCAUUUGCGCAUGGUUAUCUUUCAUUAAUUCUUCUCGAAAGGUGGUAUUUUUAUAUACAAAUUCCAUCUUGGUGUCGAAAUUAAACACCACGAGUGUUAAGUCAUUAAGUCACACGGUGUUAGUCAAUAAGUAGUGUUAAAAGGUCACGGUUUUUCUUAUCACUUUAUACCCGCCUUCUUAAGUACAGUAAAGCAAAGCAGUAGGUUCAUUAUUGAUCGAUCGUUUGUAAUAGAGCGCACAGUCAUACCCGUGAAACAAAAUUUGAAAAAAUAUUAUCUAAUUGUUUUGAUAUAUCGACAAAUAGUACUAUAUUCUCAGUGCCUACAAUGCACAUGAAUGUAUAUUUGAGAUAUGGAGUAAGCAAAAAAAAAAUUAAAAAAGUGGUUUUGCCA